AUGCCGCCCUCUGACGUCACUUCAGCACCGUAGAGGAGAAACAGCUCCUUCCGCUGGAGCGAUGGAGCCGAACCUGUGAUCAUCCGAUGGGACUCAAUCGCAAUCAGAUCAAAUCAGACCAACGAAGAGAGAGAGAAAUAGAGGAGAACGCGCGGGGAAUAUUGAGUCUAACGUGAGAGGAGCCGAGAGGAAAACAUCACCGCACAUCCCGCAUCCCGUCACCUGACAACGCGACAACAGCAACGCGCGGAGAUUCGCUGGGUUGAAGUGACUGUUGGGACUCUUCCUAAGUAAAGUAAAUAAGUGGGCCAGCCCACACCUUCUGCAGCCAUGGCUUGCAUCCAUGAGCAACAUGCCCCGUCCCCCUCCCUCUCAGGGUUCAGCACCCCUGUGUCUGAACACCCUUUCUGUCGGCCGGAUUCUGAGGCGCACGGGAGCACUCCGGACACCGAACUCACACCGACCCAGUGCGUUCUGCGUAACGUGCUCUCCAUCGAUCCUGUCGGGGGUGGGAGUGGCACCCACAGCAACAGCCCCACCCUGAGCGAUGAGCCUACCAACUUCUCUAAUAGCGUGCUAAAACUGCAGGAGGGCGGAGCUGAAGGCGGAGCGGUGCGCAACCAGGCAGACAGCUUUCGACUCCAGGCGGGUGGUGGAGGCUUUCUGGAGGGUUUGUUUGGAUGUUUAAAGCCGGUGUGGACAAUGAUUGGGAAAGCCUAUUCUACAGAGCACAAACAGAGCUAUGAAGAAUCGUGGGAGGUGCCGUUUGAGGAGAUCUCUGAGCUGCAGUGGGUGGGCAGUGGGGCACAAGGAGCCGUUUUUCUCGGCAAAUACCACGGCGAGGAGGUGGCUGUGAAAAAAGUAAGAGAUAUCAAAGAGACUGAGAUCAAGCAUCUACGAAAACUCAAGCAUCCCAACAUCAUCACCUUCAAAGGUGUAUGCACACAAGCUCCGUGUUACUGUAUCCUCAUGGAGUAUUGUGCACAGGGACAGCUGUAUGAAGUCCUCAGAGCCGGCAGAAAGAUCACACCAUCAUUGCUGGUGGAUUGGGCAAUGGGCAUAGCUGGAGGAAUGAAUUACCUUCAUCUACACAAGAUCAUCCACAGAGAUCUCAAAUCACCAAACAUGUUGAUCACACAUGAUGACCUGGUGAAGAUCUCAGACUUUGGCACAUCUAAAGAACUCAGAGAUAAGAGCACCAAGAUGUCGUUCGCUGGCACCGUGGCCUGGAUGGCUCCAGAGGUCAUUCGAAAUGAACCUGUGUCUGAGAAAGUGGAUAUUUGGUCAUUUGGUGUUGUGCUAUGGGAGAUGUUGACUGGUGAGAUCCCAUAUAAAGACGUGGACUCCUCUGCCAUUAUAUGGGGCGUUGGAAACAACAGCCUACAGCUUCCUCUUCCUGACAGCUGCCCGGACGGGUUCAAGAUCCUCCUCAGACAGUGCUGGAACUGCAAACCAAGGAACCGGCCAUCAUUCAGACAGAUCCUGUUGCAUUUGGACAUUGCCUCAGCAGAUGUGCUGUCCACACCACAGGAGACAUACUUCAAAUCACAGGCGGAGUGGCGUGAGGAGGUGAAACAGCACUUUGAGAAGAUUAAAUCUGAGGGAACGUGUCUUCACCGUCUGGAUGAAGAGCUGAUCAACCGUCGUCGAGAGGAACUCAGACAUGCACUGGACAUCAGAGAACACUAUGAGAGGAAACUAGAAAGAGCCAAUAACCUUUACAUGGAGCUGAAUGCUGUCAUGCUUCAGCUGGAACUCAAAGAGAAAGAGCUGCUCAGAAGAGAACAGUGUCUGGACAAGAAAUAUCCCAGUAUCUUUAAACAUCCCUCAGCCACAGUGGACAAACUCAUCAAGAAGAGAAACGUUCCUCAAAAACUCUCCACACACGGCAAGAGGCCUGAUCUCCUAAGGUCGGAGAUUAUUCUUCCUAAGAUGGACGCUGGGGUGGUCCAGGUGACCGUCCCGGCUUGCGCGAACCGAGGACCCACCUCACCGAACCGCACUCGUAGGGUCAAAACUCGGCACCGGAGGAGCGGCCGUGGCAGCAGCGGGGAUCUCUCAGGGCCAAAACACCCAUCUGCCCCUCCCAGCCGAGAGAGAGAGCCCACCCAGUCCAACACGACCACAACGGCCCCGCCCGUCACUGAAUCGGUUUCAGGAGCUGCGGUUAGGGAGGGCCAGCAGGAGCCACCUCCGUUAAAGCUUUCCUCCUCCAGCCCGGAUCUGCUGAGCUCCACACGUCGCGCAGAAGACGGGCUGAGUGGUGCCUCCGCCACUAAAACCCUGGGUGGAGAAACGGGUGCCCGGGCUGAAGCCGGGGCAGGGCUAGAUGAAACUCCGCCCAGAAGUGACACAGCGAGCGAGGAUGCGGCUUCGUUGCCUUUUUCCAGCAGUCCUGACUCGCCCUGCUGCGGCAGAAGUGGAGCUGUGGGGCGAGCUCAUGGCGAGGAGAGAGAGGAGGGCACUGGAGCCAUCCGAUUACCCAGAGGAUCCAGCGGGAGUCACCUGACUCCAUCCGCCAUCUUGUAUCGAGCCGCCAUCACACGCAAGCAGCGGCGUGGUGUCUCUUCUGAAGAAGAGGAGGGUGAGGUGGACAGUGAGGUCGAGUUACCAAGAAGACGGCGGCCAGCCAGUAUAACCAAAUGCCAGUCAGUGUCUACCUUCAGCUCCGAGAACCUGUCAGUGUCAGAGGGAGAGGAGGGUCACACCACUGACCACUCCCACAGCGGCACACCCGACGUGGUCAGCACUAAUACGGACGAGCGUCUGGACGAUCGCAGCGAUGAUCUGAUCUCUCAGGGCUCGGAGAUUCCCGCCGACGUCACCGAACCGACGCUGUCUGAAAGAGAGGCUGCUGCCCUCGAACUGGAAAGAGCAAAUUUUGACCUGGAGCAAAAUAUCCUGGAGACUCGUGCGUUGUGUGAGGAUUCAGAUUGUGACAGUGCCGAACUCGACCAAUCGGGGAGCGGGGAGCCAAGUCGUCCCCCGAGCGCAGGAGGCUGGGGCCAGGGUCCUCAAAACUGAAACUCAUACACAUGCAACACAUUCAUGGAAACAUUACACCAGCACACACGCUGAUCUUCACUGACAGAAAACACAACCAUUCAUCACUUUAAGACACCGGUCAAAACAAAGUCGUGAUUGUAAACGGCCUCGUGAUCAUCGGGGCAUCGCCACGGAAAAUAACUCUUGCUAAAUACAUCAGGAACCACAUCAAACCACCGAUCCAGUGACUGAAGAACACUAUAGCUGUGUUUGUCUUAUUAGGGUUUUGUUUUUAGUGCAUAUAAGACCCAAAUGACAUCCGUUAAUGUGUAGAAAGUUCAAGAUUGAGUAUCGAGAAUAAAGAAAUGGGUUGCAUUUUCAUUGGGACUGACUACUACACUACACUAUGUACAGACACUUUCUUUCCAAAGCAAGGAAAUGUACAAGGUGCACGUAAAUAUGUGAUUCUAUUAGGACCAUAAUGCCCUGAUUAUAAUGUAAAUAUAUAUUUAGUAAGCUAAAUCUAUGACGUAAUAUUUGUUAAGAUAAUUCAACGAAAACACAACAGAUUGACAGAUACAGUUCUCUUCCUGAGCCUCCUAAAUGUUCAGUUCUCAUAGACUCACUGCCUUUCCUCAUGCAAGUACAGUAUACACAAUACUACGCAAACUGAACAAUAGCCCACUAUUAAAUGUACAUUAUAGUCAUUUCAACUGUCCGCUCUCCUCUUACCUCUCGGAUUAUCUUUAAUAACGUUUCUUUCGUAUAGGGACAUGCAAUAUGUAAAUGACUUACUACUUUUAAAGAAGCACUUUUAUUUUCUGUACAAACAAACGAAAAACACAAACAACAGUAAAAACAAAACGAAAACAAAAUGUAUAUGAAUUUUAGCUUGCAAGAUGUAGGUAUGAGAAGUGUAAAGCUCUGAAGAACAAAAUGCAUGAUAAACAUUUUUAUGUAUUUUAAUUUUUGAAUCGAUUGUUUUUAUACAUCUAAAGAAAUGUUUGCACUUUUUUUACCUUGAAUGUGUAAUAACAUUGUGUUGCUUGUAGGCACUUUACAGUACAUUAGGAUGUUUAUAUACACAGACAUGAUCAUGUAAUUCAAUAUUGUAUUUAUGAUACGAUAAUCGUGAUGUAAUGAGAGAUGCAAAUCUCCACUGAACAAAUCCUUUGAACCGCAUCACUUUUUUCUUUUAAAACCAUGAUUUUAACUGUAAAUUGAGGUUUAUAUCCAGGGAAGUCUAAGCAGGUUGUAAAAAUGUAAAAAGAAAAGAAAAGGCAAAUUGUUAAAAUUUAGGAAUAUUGGAAGCCCUUUUCUGACUGAAACAGAACUUCUGCGAUUGGUUUACAUUUACGUAGACAGCAAUAAUCAGACUAUGAUGGUAAUCUGAAUAAGAAAUGGUCAUGUGAUACGUUUCUGAUUAUUGUAAUAGAGACACAUUUGGAAUAAGCAUGACUGAAUAGAAAUGUGGACUAUUGUAAUCGCAUUACUGAAGAAAUGUAAACAAUGUUUAUUGUACAGCAAUCGGACCGCUUGACAACAGGUUUUACCUUCCAAUGUUUGUGAAAAUAAAAUAUAUCAGUAUAAAAUCUC